AUGGGGAAGCAGAAGGCGGUGGCCAAGGACACAGACGUGUCCGAGGAGGUGCAGCGGCAGGCCCUGGAGUGCACUGUCCUGGCCAUGGAGAAGUACAGCCUGGAGAGGGAGAUUGUCGCCCUUAUAAAGAGCGAGUUCGAGAAGAAGCACAGCCCCACGUGGCACUGUGUCGUAGGAAGGACGUUCGGCAGCUCCGUGUCCCACGAGACCCAGCACCUCAUCUUCUCCCUCGUGCGUGGCCUCAGCGUGCUGCUGUUCAAAGCUGGCUGAGCCGUGGGCUGCUCGCAG